AUGGCUACCGCGGCGCACAGUCCUACGUCUCAAACCACAAAUGGCGACAGCCACGAUUUGCCCCCGCCCGCGCCCGCUGCGAAGAAAGGCAAGGGAAAGAAGGACAAACAACUCAGCGCUGAGGAGAAUGCAAAACUAGUACAAGCGCGGUUAUCACAGCUGGAGCAAGAGAAGGCAGGUGAUAAGGCUCAGCAGGCGGAGAUUGACCGUGAAGUAAAGAAAGCCAUUCGCGACCUCAAUGAGUUGAUCAAUGGUGUCGAACCUCUGAAGGGGAUCGACCUCGUCAAACAGAAAUAUGAAGAGCUCCUUGCUGAAAUGAAAAAGACCGAGCGCGAACACCUCAAGGCCAAAAAGAGUCGCGAUCAGUACCAGAAGGACGCGGAGAAAUCCAAGUCGGAGCACAACAAGACAACCACGAUGAAGGACAAGUUGGAAAAGCUGUGCAGAGAAUUAACAAAAGAGAACAAGAAACUCAAAGACGACAACAAGAAGCUUGAAGAGACGGAGAAACAGGCCCGAGAGAGCAUCAACGAGCGUCUAGACCAAAUGCUCUAUGAUGUGCAGGAAGCUAUGAACACCAAGACCGGCGCACAUCCCGAAAACCUUCACCUUGAGCUGGACGAGCUGUUCAGAACGCGAUGCAAGGUCUUAGCAGACCAAGCCGAAAUCCGGGAAAUGCAUUUCAAAUCGAUCCUUCGCCACAAAGAUGCCGAGAUAGCGCACCUGCAAGCCAAACACGAGGUUGAGCGUCGAAGGGCCGACACUGAAGCAGCUCGGUGCCGGACCCUGACGAGCCAAGUGUCGACCUUCUCACAUACGGAAGCGGAGCUACGCAGUCAAUUGAACAUCUACGUGGAGAAAUUCAAGCAGGUGGAGGACACUCUCAACAACAGCAACGAGCUAUUCCUCACAUUUAGGAAAGAAAUGGAGGAGAUGUCCAAGAAGACGAAGCGACUCGAAAAGGAAAACCUCACGCUCUCGCGCAAACAUGAUCAAACAAAUCGGAACAUCUUGGAGAUGGCCGAGGAACGCACGCGGGACAAGGAGGAUCUGGAGAGGCUGAGAAAGCAGGAGCAGCGGAUGCGCAACAUCAUCAAAAUCAUGCAGGAACAAGGUCGAGGCCGGCCGAUCCAACAAGAGCCUGUGGACGACGAAGGCACAGAAAGCGAGUAUGACGAGGAGUACGAGGACGAGGACGAUGAUGAUGAAGCCAGUUAUGAGGCGGAAGAGGAGCUGGCAACCGAAAUCGCGAAGCCCGUGUUUGGUCCAGUGCCUCCGCCAGAAAUGGUCGCUUCCAAGGCCAACGGGCAAAAGACGGCGACGGCGGCGCUCGUUAAUGGUAUGCCGCAUUAA